AGAGGGAGGCAGGCUGCCUAUUCCCGGCUCAGGCCGCGGGGCGCUGCUCUCCCUGGGAGCCAGGAAACAGGGAAUGGGAGUGACAGCAGGAUGGAAGAGGCAGCCUGGAGCACCUGCGCUGCCACCAUUUGGAAUGACAGUGCUGGCAGCUGGGCUUCAGCCAUCUUGUCAGUCAUCCUCCCAGGGGCUGCCUGUCGGGAGCGGAGAUCCGAAGACAAGAUGCCAUGGAGUAUGCUUCCAACAACGUAAGGGGCUGGGACAGUGGUCUUCAGACUGGAAUCUGAUCUCCCUUGACAGAGAACGAGGCCAUGCUGACUCCUCUGAAGAACUCACACAUGUGCCCCUGUGGUGGCCGUCAGCACUGUUCCCAAAUAUUUCAGAGUACCUUCUCUGGGCACAUGGAGAUGCCUGGGAGAGGAAGCAGGAAGUGAAAGAGCACACCAUCACUUCUUCCUCAGGUCCUGACUGUGGAGGGGAAGAGAUGGAAAUCAAAUCAGAGAUGAAGUGGCACUGGAGACAUAGCGGAACCCCUCCCACCAGGAUCGGGGCUGCAGAGGAACACAGCCUCUGCCAGGUUCUUCAUGAGACUGCCAUGGAGGGUCAGAGGAGGCCAACAGCUCAUCUCACUGCCCUCAUACCCUCCAGUCUCCUGUUGUGCUGCUCAUUGGGUGAACCAACCAGAUACCUAAGAACAAGGGAGCCUAAGGGUCAGAGAAUGGAUCUGUGUGGAGAGGGGAACAAAUGGAAAAACCCCUACUUGGAGGAAGGAGGAAGUAAAAGCAAGGAGACAGGGAGGAAAUGGAAGCUAAGGCAGCAGGCUAUUUCCUAGGUAAAGAAGAAGAACAGGUGUGAAGCAAAGGUGAUUUCUAGGCAAAAGAGACAUGAACAUGCUUUAAACUGAGACCCACCUCAUCUAAACCACAGCUCUGAUGCCAUGGUGACUGGUUAAUCCUGGCGCACAUUGCAUUGAGAGUUUCUGUCACUUUAAGUGCCACAAAAGAUACCAAGGGUAGAGUGAAAGGGGCAACACAGUCACAACUCAACAACACUGCAAGCUCCUAUUGGCUUUAACAACAAGGGUCUUCCUCCCCGCUCCACGGUUUUGCUUUUCAUGGUUUCAGUUACCUGCAGUCAACCAAGGUCCAAAAAUGUUAA